AUGGGGGACCCCCACCUGCGCUGGCUGGCCGCCACUCUGGCCUUCUGCACUAUUCUGCACGGCUGGGUCGUGCAGGGGCCAGUACCCUCUUUGGGGGACUCUCUGGGGCUCCAGCUCGCCGCGGAGCAGUCUACAGGGGCCCCCCAGGGGGCCCGCCUAGGGGCCCCCACGGGGGAUUCCCAGGACAUGCCCCACGAGGCCCCUCAGGAGGCCCCCAAGGAGGCCCCCCAGGGGUCUCCUCAAGAGGACCCCCAGGGGGCCCCCCAGGGGGACCCCCAGGAGGCCCUCCAAGAGGCUCCCCAGGGGGCCCACCAGGGGCCCCCCCAGGAGGCCUCCGAGGGGACCCCACAGGAGGGGUCCCAGGGGAACCCCCAGGGGGGCCCCCAGGGGGCCCCACAGGCGGGCUCCCAGGGGGCCCCCGACGAGGGCCCUGUGGUGAGACCGAAACAAAAGAUCUCUUGGAGGUCAGGGUCCUACACCCUUAGCAGCAGCAGCAGCAGCAGCAGCAGCAGCAGCAAGCGGAAGGGUAGGAGGUCGGUUUUUUCGAGGGGCCGCCACGUGAAAAUAAGCAAAAUGGCUCAAAAGAAAAGCAGAAAAGAGUCUGCUGCAGCAGCAACUGCAGCAGCAAGAACUAAAGAAGCGGAAGCAACCAAGAGAGAAAAACCGAAAAGAAAAAGAAGACUUGCAUCCAGCAGAGGACGCCUUUCUGGAGGAAGAAAAAAAACAAGAGAAGCACCUGCAGCACAAGACAGUGAAGACAGCGAGGCGCCCUCAGCAGCAGCAGCAGGAGCAGCAGCAGCAGGAGCAGCAGCAGCUGAAAGAGAGGCAGCAGCAGCAGGAGCAACAGCAGAAGGAGCAACGGCAGCGGAAGGAGAGGCAGCAGCAGGAGGAGCCGCAGCAGCAGCAGAGGGAACGAGAGCAGAAGGAGGAGGAGCAGCAACAGAAGGCGCAGCGGCAGCGGCAGAAGGAGCAGCAGCAGCAGCAUCCGAUGAGGGAGAAGCUAAGCAGCAAGGAGCAGCAGCAGCAAAAAGAAGAAAAAGCCUCAAAGGCAUCUUAAAGAAACCAAAAAGGAGAAGCUCUAACAGCCGCAAUUCUCUGGAACUGAGCUCCAGCAGCGGCAACGAAGACGCUGCUGCUGCUGCCGCAGCAGCAGCAGCAGCAGCGGGAGACGAGAAAGGCAGCAAAAGGAAAGGCCGCAGCCUCUUCAAGAGAAGAAAAAAUAAAAAUAAAAAAGAUUCCGACAAGUCCCCAGCCCCCCGCAGGGGCCGCGGGAGGCUGGGGGCCUUCAAAGGCCCCCGGGGGGCCCCCACUGCAGCAAAUGGGGAAAAGGGGAAUUGGCCUUCUUUGCUGGAGCAGCCGAAGCUGCUGUCGGAGGCGCAGCUAAACCCUGAAACGGACUUUCCCCUGCUGCUGCAGCUGCAGCACAGAGGGGGGCCCCCCUUGGGGGCCCUCCCCACAGGCUGCAUGCCCACGCAGGUGACCCGGGGCUUCGAGGCCUACAUGCAGCUGCUGCCAGCUUUUGGGGCUGGCUGCAGGCUGCGCAUGCAGCAGCAGCAGCAGCAGCAAGGGGGAGCGCACGGGCAGGGGGAGCAGCAGGAGCAGCAGGAACCCCAUCGGCAACAGGUAGAAGUGGAGCACCACCAUCGCGAGGAGCAGCAGCAGGAACAACAGCAGCAAGGCCAACAGCAGCAGGACCAGCAGCAGCAGCACGAGGAAGACCGGCAGCAAGAGCAGACGCAGCAGCAGCAAGAGCAGACGCAGCAGCAGCAAGAUCAGCAGCAGCAGCCGCAUCACCAACACCAGGAGCAGCAGCACCACGAGCAGCAGCACCCCGAGAAGCAACACCACGAGCAGCAGCACCCCGAGCAGCAGCACCGCGAGCAGCAGCACCACGAGCAGCAGCACCACGAGCAGCAGCAGCACCAUCAGCAGCAACAGCAGCAGGAACACCAGCAGCACCAGGAGCGCGAGGAGCACCCGCCGGAACAGCACGAGCAGCAGCAGCAGGAACAGCAGCAGCAACAGGGGCAGCAGCACCACCACGAGCCCCAUCGGCAGCAGCAGCAGCAACACUCUAACCGCCAACAGCAACAGCACCACCACAGCGAGCAGCAGCAGCACCAUCAACAGCAGCACCACCGUCACGAAGAGCAGCAGCAGCAGCAUCAGCAGCAGCACCACCACCAUCAGCAGCAGCAGCAUCACCAACAGCAGCAGCUCAGCCAUCACCAUAAGCAGCAGCAGCAAGACACCGCACUCUGA